AUGGAUGCAAUUGCAACAAACAGCACAUGGUUUCGCCCGAUGGUUGUCUUUGCAUUGUCUGAUCGUACGCCGGCAAUGUUCACUGCAAUGGCAUUAGAGAUGGGUGAUCAAAGCGCACAUCAUCCGGCGAAAAACGAGCCCGGAAAUUAUAACACCAUAACUGACUUUGCAACACUGAUGCAGGAAAGAAUGGCAUUAGAUGAAGAAUGGCUUUCGACGGUUAUUUGUACUAAAGCUGGUGUUGUAAUAAGUGUGAAUGAUUCUCACGUCCUGUAUGGAACAGAAUCAGACAGACUAAGAUCACCUGAAUUAGUCUGUAAAAAUUGGUAUAUUCCUGGAGCAAACUUGGUCGUAAAUGGGACUUCAGGGGCUCAGAAAAACAUGGAAUGGUCUCGUCAGAAGGGAGCAAGUGUGGUUUCUAAUGUGAACCCGAUGCGUUUGAAUGAAACAGCGACAACGAAUAUAAGAUGUGAUCAGAGCACUUCUGUUUUACCGGCAAAAUCAUGUAUGGGAGUUGACGGUUUUCAACGGCCAGUAUCUCUCCAAAAUGAAUUCUUUCCACCGGCAAAACCCCCCGGUAAUCGAGAAAUCAGUCGAGCUCCGCAAUCAGGUGGAAACGAGAAAAAAAACGAACCAAGGUUUCAGCUUGAGCUAUUUCAGACGUCGGUCUACUAA